AUGGCAGUUCAUUCAACUCUGUCACAGCUCGAACUCCCAGCUCUCCUGCCUGGUAGCCAACUCUACGACCCUCAUCUGACUGAGGAUCCUGCAGAAUAUCCUGCCGAAGAGAGCAGAUCUGUUCUACCCUAUCUGCUAGAAAAGAGUCCAGAGUUUCGAGAUCUCAGUGAUAUGAGACAGCAGGGAUGGGAAGCCCCAGAGCGCAAUGAAUACUCCACGACCGUUCUUCGGAGUGCGGAUGAGUCCGUCGAAAAUAGGGCUGCUUACUUGCAUAAGUUUAUGAGUACAACCGCACACGAGUUUGACGAAGCCACCAGUGCCUUUAAAGUCCAAAGUGUUGAUUCAACCCCACCUGCCAUUCUCGACAUGUGCAUGACCCCAGGUGCAUUGCUCGAGAUAGCAUUGAAAAGGAACCCAGGCGCACGCGCUCUCGCUUUCAGCUUGCCUGUCUCCUGUGGAGGUUAUAAGACUAGUCUGGCAAGCAACUUAAAUACCAAGCGAGUAUUUCUCGAUUUGACUAUGCUUGCUGCCGAUAUGGGCGUGGACCAGAUCCCCGAGGGCCAUGAAGAUACUGAGAACUUUCUACCCCAGCAACUUGAGGAAGGUAGGCUUUUCGAUUUGGUCAUAUGUGACGGCCAGGUGUUGAGGCAACAUUCAAGAGCCCCCUAUGGAGGGAGCCGGGGAGCAAGAAGAGUGGCGAUCACGCAGCUCGCUCUGGGUCUCCAGCACCUUAGACCUGGUGGCACCAUGAUCAUUCUUCUUCACAGACUUGAAACAUGGAACACCGUCAACGUCAUUUGGAAGUUUCAUAAGAUCUCGUCAGUUCGGCUUUUUAAGCCAAAGUCAUCUUACACCAAGCGAUCGACUUUCUACAUGGUUGCUACCAACGUUGAAAGUCAACGCCUAGAGGCUAUCGAAGCGGUCAAACUGUGGAAGAGAAUCUGGCGGAUGGCGACGUUUGGCUCCGAUGAAGAGUAUGGCAAAGUUCUUUUGGACGAAGAAUCGUCCGUAGAAACAUUGCUGGAGGACUUCGGGCCGGAACUCGUGAAGUUGGGCAAGGCAAUAUGGAAGACAGAGGCGGAUUCCCUAGCUAAAGUACCAUUCGCGAAUAAGCCAGAGUGA